UAAUCGAUUGGUGAAAAUCGUUGUUCUGAGAUAAGUCUGAAGUCGAUUUAUACACCCCUAAGACUUUUUAACAAGUCAUUGCAUUUUCAACAAAUAUUUGUGUACAAUAGCAGAAUUUACCGAAAAAAGUUAUUAUGGAGACUUUGGUGCCAGAAAAAGAGGAGUUAUUCGAUUUUAAACUGAAGGACGCACAUAGCUCGCUGGACGAAUUAGAUAUAGAUGAUUUGUAUGUACGAUAUAAGAAAUUACAGAAAACUUUGGAAUUUUUAGAGGUCCAGGAAGAAUACAUAAAAGAUGAACAGCGCAAUCUGAAAAAGGAAUACUUGCACGCUCAGGAAGAGGUUAAGCGUAUUCAAUCCGUACCUUUAGUAAUAGGGCAAUUUUUGGAAGCAGUCGACCAAAAUACUGGUAUAGUUGGAUCCACAACUGGUUCAAACUAUUACGUUCGCAUUCUUUCGACAAUUGACCGAGAAUUGCUGAAACCAUCGGCUUCAGUAGCCCUUCACAAACACAGCAAUGCUUUGGUAGAUGUCUUGCCACCAGAAGCUGAUAGUUCUAUUUCCAUGUUACAACCCGAUGAAAAACCUGAUGUCAGUUACGCUGAUAUUGGUGGUAUGGAUAUGCAAAAGCAAGAGAUUCGCGAAGCAGUUGAGCUGCCUUUAACUCACUUUGAAUUAUACAAGCAAAUUGGUAUCGAUCCUCCGCGUGGCGUUCUUAUGUAUGGACCUCCUGGAUGUGGCAAAACCAUGUUAGCAAAGGCGGUUGCCCACCAUACAACUGCAUCCUUUAUAAGAGUAGUUGGCUCAGAAUUUGUGCAGAAAUAUCUUGGCGAAGGUCCCCGUAUGGUUCGCGAUGUUUUCCGCUUAGCUAAAGAAAAUGCUCCGGCUAUCAUAUUUAUUGAUGAGAUCGAUGCCAUUGCAACGAAACGAUUCGAUGCUCAGACCGGAGCUGAUCGCGAAGUACAGCGUAUUUUACUUGAGUUACUAAAUCAAAUGGACGGUUUUGACCAAACUACUAAUGUUAAAGUUAUCAUGGCCACAAAUCGUGCAGAUACACUGGAUCCAGCUCUGCUCCGUCCCGGACGAUUGGAUAGAAAAAUUGAAUUCCCACUGCCAGAUAGGCGCCAAAAGCGUCUUGUAUUUUCUACAAUUACGUCUAAGAUGAACCUCAGUGAAGACGUAGAUCUGGAGGAGUUUGUAGCUCGCCCGGACAAAAUUUCCGGUGCAGAUAUAAAUGCAAUUUGUCAGGAAGCUGGUAUGCAUGCUGUCAGAGAAAAUCGUUACAUUGUUUUAUCAAAAGAUUUCGAGAAAGGCUAUAAGAACAAUAUUAAAAAGGAUGAACAAGAACAUGAAUUCUACAAAUAAUCACUUAAAUUAUAUUUUUUGCAGUUUACUUAUAAUUGAUAUGUAUAAAAUCAUCUAAUUUCUUUAAAAUAAAUAGCUGAGACACAAAUUAA